CCCUAAAUCUAAGGGUAAGUCAGACUUCAAACUCGACUUUGUUUUGGUAUUUUCUCAGUUCCACGGGAGAAUGUGAAACACUGGCUUUGGCGAAGUGGAGGCAUUUAAUGAGAGAAGCUGCAGCUACAAUCUGAAUCCACAUUUCCUGGAAGGACAAAAGCAGCGUCUUUGCGGAUUUAUUAAGACUGAUUGCCUUCUUGCUGUGGUUGAGAAAAAAAAAAAAACACUGCCCCACAAUGGCUCCUUCUCUUAGGCUGAUUACAUUGAUACUUUUACACUGUGCAUUGUUAUUUUCCAUUAGCCAAUGCAAAGGCCAGAAGGACUGCACAGGUGUGGAAUGCCCGUUACUGGAAAACUGUAUCGAGGAGGUUUUAGAAAGGGAUGCAUGUUGCUCCUCCUGCAUGCAAACAGGAUGCACUUGUGAGGGUUACCAGUAUUACGACUGCCUCAACGCAGGGUUCAGGAAUGGCAAAGUUCCAGAAUCAAAGUCUUACUUUGUUGAUUUUGGAAGCACCGAGUGCUCCUGUCCCAAAGGAGGAGGCAGGAUAAGUUGCCACUUCAUUCCUUGUCCUGAGAUACCUCAAAACUGCAUUGAUCUGUCAGAGCCGGCUGAUGGGUGCACGCAGUGUGAGCGCAUUGGCUGUGUCAAUGAAGACCAGAAGUAUGAGGCUGGACACACUUUCCAGAUGCAUCCAUGCAAGGUGUGCCACUGCCCCAAUGCUGGGGGUGAGCUCAUGUGCUACCCUAUUCCAGACUGUGACCCGGAUGAGAAAACUGCAUUUCCAUCCACCGCUGAAGAAAAUGUUCCAGAAAAGCAUUACAAUGACCCUUACGCCUAUGACCAAGACGCCUCCGAACUGUUGCCCAAAGAAUCUCAUAUAAAUCAUGAUCGACUCCUGCCACUUUUUAAGACAGGCAACCCAAGCACAGCAGAAAAUGAGGAUUAUUAUUUUACCCACACUGAUACAGGGACAACUACAGAGUAUGAUCUUCCUGCACCAACCAGCUCAGCAGUGAUUCCUGUGUCCUACCUUGAAACCCCAGCUCCUUAUGAAAAUCAGGGCGGGCAGGAAGCACAAGAAUUGAGGGAGACAAUAGCAACCCAAGAAGAAGAAGAAGAAGAAGAAGAAGAAGAAGAAGAAGAAGAAGUGGAAUACAAGGAAGGCACUACAGAAAGUCCUUUAAUCUAUGAAACCACACAGGGUGCUCAAGAAGUUAGAAAGAGUGGAGAAAAAGUCCCAGCGACACAUUAUGAGCUGGAAGAAAAGUUACCCCUGGCUGAAGAGGCAGAUGCAGAAGAACACGAUGAAACAGUCCUGACAUUAGACAAAAACAUAACCGAAACUGGGUCUGAUGAAAAGGAGGUCACAUAUUUUAUUGAUCAAGAACCAGAGAGAAUGCAUAAUGUAGUAAAUGAACAAAUGAGCAACCACGCAGGGGAAAAGAACUUCUCUGACCAUGAAAAAUCAGACAGGAAGCAUGAACCAGUUGUGUUUCCUGCAGUGAAAUUUAGCCCGACAAGCCAGCCUCCAGUUGUCGUCAAAGCAAAUGACAGACACAUGUCAAACAAGCAGUCACAAACUCUAUCUCAUUACGAGCAUGACGAGGAAGAGGGGAAGAACUCAGUUGAUUCUUUGCCAGCAUCGCAUGAAGUUUCUGUGAAAGAAGUGGUGGAAACAUGCUGUGCGGCUGGACAGCAGUGGGCUUCAAACAAUGGGCAGUGCAUUGACAUGCCACAGAGUGAGAUUAACACAUCUGUCUGUAGACUUGCCCAGAAGCAGUGCUGUAUAGGAUACUUAAAAGAAAGCAGUUGCUUGGCUGGAAUGACCGCAGCAAAAGAGGGAGAAGAUUGUGAGGCGAAUGAAAGUGAUACCUGUGGAAAAGACUCCUACAAGGAGUGCUGUAGCUGUUGCUCUCUUGGUUUAAAACUCAAAAGUGAGGGACACAGCUGCGAGGCCCACCAGUUUCUGGGAUACCCCUGUAGCCAUGUGUUCCUGACAUGCUGCGAGGGAGAUGAAGGCUUCGUCCAGCCCACUUUAAAACAGAGAAUGGAGCCAGAGCCAACGUCUUUGCCAGAACGAGUUUCAGACACUGGAUACCCCAAAGAGGCUUUCUCUGUGAUUGAUGAAGAGGAGAAAGAAAACACUGUUGAUGGAGAGGAUGGUGAAGAGAAGAAUAAAAACACUGCUGAUGAGGAGGACGGUGAAGAGGAGAAAGAAAAUACUGUUGAUGAGGAAGAUGACAUCGACGAGUGUCUGAUCUAUGCAGGACAACUUUGCCACCAAAGCUGCAUCAACACCUGGGGAUCCUACAUGUGCGCCUGCUUUCCAGGACACGUCCUGCUGGCUGACGGAUACACCUGCAGACCAGAAAAUGAAGACCAUGAAGACAACAACAGGUUAAAUGAGGAGGAAGAAACACCUGCUACUGAGGCAACUCCAAUGGAGGCUCCUACCACUGCCGUUCCCAUUGAAGAAGAAGAUCUGUGUAAAGGUACAUUACAUAGUCAUACAUUUCUUAUCCUUAUAGUUUCUGUGAAAGAAGUGGUGGAAACAUGCUGUGCGGCUGGACAGCAGUGGGCUUCAAACAAUGGGCAGUGCAUUGACAUGCCACAGAGUGAGAUUAACACAUCUGUCUGUAGACUUGCCCAGAAGCAGUGCUGUAUAGGAUACUUAAAAGAAAGCAGUUGCUUGGCUGGAAUGACCGCAGCAAAAGAGGGAGAAGAUUGUGAGGCGAAUGAAAGUGAUACCUGUGGAAAAGACUCCUACAAGGAGUGCUGUAGCUGUUGCUCUCUUGGUUUAAAACUCAAAAGUGAGGGACACAGCUGCGAGGCCCACCAGUUUCUGGGAUACCCCUGUAGCCAUGUGUUCCUGACAUGCUGCGAGGGAGAUGAAGGCUUCGUCCAGCCCACUUUAAAACAGAGAAUGGAGCCAGAGCCAACGUCUUUGCCAGAACGAGUUUCAGACACUGGAUACCCCAAAGAGGCUUUCUCUGUGAUUGAUGAAGAGGAGAAAGAAAACACUGUUGAUGGAGAGGAUGGUGAAGAGAAGAAUAAAAACACUGCUGAUGAGGAGGACGGUGAAGAGGAGAAAGAAAAUACUGUUGAUGAGGAAGAUGACAUCGACGAGUGUCUGAUCUAUGCAGGACAACUUUGCCACCAAAGCUGCAUCAACACCUGGGGAUCCUACAUGUGCGCCUGCUUUCCAGGACACGUCCUGCUGGCUGACGGAUACACCUGCAGACCAGAAAAUGAAGACCAUGAAGACAACAACAGGUUAAAUGAGGAGGAAGAAACACCUGCUACUGAGGCAACUCCAAUGGAGGCUCCUACCACUGCCGUUCCCAUUGAAGAAGAAGAUCUGUGUAAAGACAAUGGUGGCUGCAUGCAUCAUUGCUCUCAGGUUGGAAGGGAGGUGACCUGUUCCUGUUUCCCAGGAUAUGCCCGAAUGGGGGAUGGGAUUUCAUGUGAAGAUGUUAAUGAGUGUCUUACUGACUCACACAACUGCCAGGCUAGGGAGCGAUGCAUUAAUACCAUCGGUUCCUUUAAGUGUGAGAAGGAAACCGUCUGCCCCCCAGGGUAUCAGCUAAAGGAUGACAACUGUGAAGAUAUCGAUGAGUGUGCUGUGGGCAGUCAUAACUGCAGUGUUGGUCUAGAGUGUCAGAACACUGUGGGCUCCUUCUACUGUAAUCCAAAACAGGGUUGCCUCACUGGAUUUGUACAAGACCUGAGUGGAAACUGCAUUGACGUCAAUGAAUGCACCAGCCUAAUAGAGCCCUGCUCUACUGGAUUCAAUUGCAUCAACACGGUUGGUUCUUAUACCUGUCAGAGGAAGAUCGUCAUGUGUAGCAGAGGGUAUCAUGCCAGCCCCGAUGGAACCAGGUGCAUUGAUGUUGAUGAAUGCCAAGCUGGAGUGCACCGUUGUGGAGAGGGGCAGAUUUGCCACAACUUGCCGGGCAGUUACCGCUGCGACUGCAAGGCGGGCUACCAGUACGACAUGUUCAGCAGGACGUGUGUUGAUGUAAAUGAAUGCUGGCGCUACCCAGGACGGCUAUGUGCUCAAACCUGUGAGAACAAUCCCGGGUCCUAUCGGUGCUCGUGCACUUCAGGCUUUGCAUUAGCAUUCGAUGGCAAGAACUGUGAAGAUGUAAAUGAAUGUGACAACAACCCUUGCAGUCAGGAGUGUGCCAAUAUCUAUGGCUCCUACCAGUGCUAUUGCAGACAAGGCUUCUAUCUUAAAGAGGACGGACAUUCUUGUGACGAUAUUGAUGAGUGCUCUCAGAGCAUUGGCAAUCUGUGCGCUUUCCAGUGUGUGAAUGUGCCAGGCAGCUACCAGUGUGCAUGCCCUGAGCACGGAUAUACCAUGUCACCCAAUGGAAGAACCUGUCGAGAUAUUGAUGAGUGUGCUGUUGGAGCUCAUAAUUGCUCAACAGCUGAGACGUGUUAUAAUAUCAAGGGUGGGUUCAGGUGUUUGUCAUUCAGCUGCCCACAGAACUACAAAAGAGUGUCUGACACGCGCUGUGAACGCGUCAGCUGCUUAAACUACGUGGAGUGCCAGAGCAGCCCCUUGAGAAUCACCUACUAUCAGCUGAGCUUCCAAACCAACAUUGUGGUCCCGGCCCAGAUAUUCCGCAUUGGGCCCUUGCCUGCCUACUCUGGAGACAACAUCAUUAUCAGCAUCACGAGCGGGAAUGCAGAGAACUUCUUCAGCACCCGGAAGCUGAACCCUUACACGGGCGCCGUGUACCUGCAGCGGCAAGUCCGGCAACCGAAAGACUUCUUGAUAGAUGUUGAAAUGAAACUCUGGCGCCAAGGAGCUUUCACCACCUUCCUCGCUAAGAUUUACGUGUUCAUAACAGAUCAUGCUCCCUAAGCUGUUUCUGACAGGCAUAUUUCAUAUGGUGCUCAGCUAUGAAGCUGUUAAGUUUAAGAUUUUAGACAAUUGCUACUGUGGAAGUUUACUGUAUGCUAUUCCUUUUUAUAAAUAAUAUCUAAUAUAUCAAGGACCUUAAUGUUAAAGCCAUGUUGAAUUUCUAUAACUUAGUAGACGCCUGGUUGGUGCUGAUGACAUACUGUGCAGUCGAAAAGCAAAUAGUGUGGGACCUGAUUGUUGAUGUAAUAGCUCCAUUGCCAUUUUUGCUUAUGUCCCUAAAAAAAAAAACUUUUCCAAAGACAGAAACAAUAGUCUUGUUAUUCAAUGGCUCACAUCACAUGUCUUUCACAUCUCUUUUUUAAUAACUCAGCUGCCCUAUUUGCAGUAUGUGGUAACGUUGACCAUCAGUAUUAGGUUCACACAAUGGAUAUGGUAACAUAUAGUAACACAAUGGAUGUAUAAUAUUUCUUAAAGCUGUAAACCAAGGAUUGAAAAAAAUAAAGUCAUUCUUAAUCAUUUCAGGCAAUCUUUACAGAUUGGGCAUGCACAUGGCAGAACUAAUGUGACAGAAAAUGAAAACACAGCAUGAAACUAAAGGACGUCUUUCUGAUACAACACAGAGGAGAGAGGGGUUUGCUGUGUUAUAGGAAAUUGUACGCUAUCAUCUAGUUCGCAUGAAUUUGUUUCCCUUCCAGAUCUAGAAAAUAGCAAAGGAAGUGAUUUGACACUGACUGUCUCAGCUUGAUAACUGCCAUGUGAUCUUAUUCAGCUGUGUAAAAGAAAAGGUAAAUUGGAUCAUAUAAUGUAUAUAACCGUUUGCAAUAAGUACUCAUAUGAAUUUUUGAAAUAGAAAACUCUCUUCUUAGGGACUAAUGCAUUUUAUUUGAAGAUUUAGCAGUAAUGUGCAAAGUUUUUAGCAACUUUUAAAAUGUACCUUUUUUUUAAAUUAUGUUUUUAAAGCUUGUCUAAUAAUUCCAAAUGUUGUUGUUUUUAUUACAGCCCAUUAGUUGUCCCAACAUAUCAAACUCCAGUUGCUGUAAAACAAUAUAAAAUACUUAAAUACUUAAUGUUGGUUGAAAUGAAAAUGUAUUUAUAGGUGAAGUGCAUCCUCAAUUUAAUAAGCAAUGCCAUUCUGCAUGUUGUCAAUUUUAUAAAGCAUGCAUAGUUCUAUUAACGAUAGACUCUUUUUCUUCUUACAUUUAAAUACACCUUCUUCAGCCUUGGGGUGGGGCGGGGCUCUUACUGUAUUUUCUGCACAAUCAGUUGGAAAGUAAAUGCAUUUUAAUAUGACGUCAAAACUUUUGAUAUGUAUUCUCUUUUAAAAUAAAGUAAGAAAAAAUA